AUGGCCCCGCCUCCCAGUCUCAUUAUUGUUUCAAACCGUUUGCCAAUCACGAUCAAGAAGCUGAACCCCGAAGGCUAUGAGUGCUCUCAAUCAACUGGUGGCCUAGCCGGCGCUCUCGGCGGCCUAGCGAAAUCGAUGCCUUUCCGUUGGUUUGGAUGGCCAGGGCUUGAAAUACCUCAGGAUGACGAGGAGAUUGUAAGGCAGAAGGCAGCUAAUUAUGAUGUGCUACCUGUUUUCCUAAAUAAUCAUCUGGCUCAGAAGUACUACAAUGGAUUUUCAAAUUCCAUUUUGUGGCCGCUGUUUCAUUACCAGCUGCAUGAAAUGGUCCGCAUGGACAAGGAUGACUGGGAUGCUUAUGUUGAAGUUAACCUCCUCUUUGCUAAAGUUAUCACUUCGCAGCUGAAUGACGGGGAUGUUAUCUGGGUUCAUGACUAUCACUUAAUGCUUCUUCCGCAAUUCCUCCGUGAAAGCACCCGACAGUCCGGUAUUAGCAUCAAGAUGGGGUUUUUUCUACAUACCCCUUUUCCCAGUUCUGAGGUCCUUAGGAUCUUACCGAUGAAGAAAAAGAUCCUCACAGCCUUGUUGCACUGCGAUCUUGUUGGAUUUCACACUGAGAGCUAUGCAAGGCAUUUUCUGGAUAGUUGCUCUCAAAUUCUCAAACUCCCUACAAGCUCGAGUCAUGUGCCGUUUCACGAUUCAAAUGUGACCGUCGGUGUAUUUCCCAUCGGUAUUGAGCCUGAGCGUUUUGCAGAAACAAUUGAGAAAAGCGAUGUUCAAGAACGAAUCGGAGCCCUCUCGCGAAGAUAUCAAGGCGCAAAAUUGAUAGUCAGUGUCGACCGUUUAGACUAUAUCAAAGGCGUGCCCCAAAAGCUGAAAGCAUUGGAAACCUUCUUGACUCAGUAUCCUGAAUGGGUUGGAAAGGUAGUUUUGAUGCAAGUCGCCGUGCCAACGAGAGAAGAUGUGGAAGAGUAUCAAGGUCUCAAGACGGAAGUCAAUGAACUAGUAGGGAGGCUGAAUGGGAAACACGGAUCGAUUGAAUUCUCGCCAGUCAGCUUUUUAAACAGGUCACUUGAAUUCGAGGAAAUUGUCGCGCUUUAUGCGGCCUCAGAUGUUUGCUUAGUCUCUUCUACUCGAGAUGGGAUGAAUCUAGUGUGUCUGGAGUAUAUUGCAUGUCAGCGUCUGAAACAUGGAAGUUUAGUGCUGUCUGAAUUUGCAGGCGCUGCAGAGGUUUUGAACGAGGGAAUCAUCUUUAAUCCAUGGGAUGUGGAGGAAUCCGUUAAUGCUAUUUAUGAAGCACUUACUAUGGGAGAGGAAGAAAGAUCCAGAAUCUUUAAAAGCCAAGAAGAGUUUGUGUUGAGAAAUACAAGCGCGGCUUGGGGCAAAGAGUUCACUGACUGCCUUAUGAAGGCCUGA